GGCCGGUGCAUGCAGCAUAGUAGCGCCGGGACGCUCGUCGCGGGGGCUACAUGACGCACAACCCUUUGUUUGACCGCGUGCAGUCGGUCCGGUCGGCGCUCGCCUUCGACCGCAAGCGCUAUGCGCCUAUGCGACCGGCGCCCACUGGCGUCUGCAGCCGCCAACGCGCCGUCGCGAUCUAUGCUGGCCGCGUCGCCCGCGAGGUGUGUCGGCGCGGCUGCCGGGCGCUUGGCCGCGGCUUCUCGUCGAGCAUCGUCUGCCUCCAUCAUGGCUAUACGCGCUGCUUUAGCCGCGUCAACCCGGUAGCGGGUAGUAGCGACGAGACCUCCACACGUCGCCGCGUCACGCCGCCCGUAGCCAUCUUCUUGUGCCUUAUCCUCUUCACCAUCGUGCGCUUUGUCUUGUCCAUGCCUCAAAUGUACUAUGCGCGGACACAGCAUGCGCCUCGGGUGCACACGGACGAAGCCAGCAUUCGGUCCAAGAUCCUAUUGAACCACGCGCCGGGGCACGACGUCGUCAAGGCCAAAUUGCGCUGGCAAGACUUUGAGCCCGACGAUACGUCCACCUCGUGCAAACACACGACCGAGACGACGGCGUUCGUCACCGACGCCCGCGGCGCCACAUGUAGCCGCGAGGCCUUGCUGCCAACGGGGUGCUGCCCGAUAGCGGCCAGCGCCUUUAGCUGUACAUCCUGCAGCGCCGCCGCACCCCACUGCUGCAGCGCGUACGAGCGCUGCGUAUCGUGCUGCAUGGGCCCCGACCACCGCGAGAUGGUGCGGCAUUUCCUGCUGCAUGCCACUCCAGCCCACCCCGUGUACGGCGCGCCGCACCAUCUGAGCGUCUUUGGCUUCUGCGCCUUUCGCUGCCGGUCGUCGUCGGCCAGUGUCCAGCACCAAAACUCGUACCGCAGCAGUAGGAAACACUGCUACGGGCUUCACCGACCCACGAAGGAGCUCUCGGUCGUCAAUAGCGAUGGCACAGCCAACAAGUCGGUCGCAUUCGAUGCCAACCUGCCACGACCACCCACGGGGCCGCUCGAGUGGGACCCCUUCUACGUUCCGCCCGCGGCCAAGUCAGUCCACUAAGUUCUCUAAGUUUAUUCCG